AUGACAACCUCUGGAAUGACGCACGAUGAUGCUAUAGAUACCAUCGAUACAUUCUUCGCGGUCCUGAACACCACCAAGGCGGAGAUUGAGAAAUUGGUGGCCGAAAAGAAAGGUCACCUGUACGACAUCUUGGGAACCCACGCUUCCCUAUCAGCAAUCGAGCGCAGUGCUGCGAAUCUAGGUUUACCAUGGGGCCAUGAAAAUGCGCGUGGCCUUAUGGAAGGCACCACCCAAUUGAGAUGCGAGAAGCAACGUUAUGAAGAGGAUGUUGAAAAGGUCAACGACAAGAUUCGAGAGAUAGAUAACAGGAUGAGGAUCACAGUUCUCGGCGACUGGUCAGACGAAUUAUCACUAGAAGAGAGAGAACGCUUUAUGGGUGACUCUUGGGCGCUCUUUUUCGAGGUAAAGAAGGCAGCUCAUGAUGGGCUUAAUCUGCAAGAAUACAAGCAACCCAACCAUCCCAACCAUCCCAAGGAAUACAAGCAUCCCAAGCGAUCCAAGCAACCCAACCAUCCCAAGGAAUACAAGCACCCCAAGCAUCCCAAGGAAUACAAGCACCCCAAGCAACCCAAGGAAUACAAGCAACCUAAGGAUUACAAGGAGCACAAGCAAUACAAGCAAUACAAGGAGCACAAGCAAUACAAGCACCCCAAGCACCCCAAGCACCCCAAGCACCCCAAGCACCCCAAGCACCCCAAGCAACCCAAGGAAUACAAGCAACCUAAGGAUUACAAGGAGCACAGGCAGCCUAAGGAAUAUAAGUAA